AGCGGUUCCGUGGCUGGAGCUCCACCUCCUCCUACGCUCUGAUGCGCGGUCUAGAGAGCAGAGCGAGCAAGUGUUGAAAAAUGAUCCCAACUGGCUUUCUCAUAGCAAACGUGCUUCGUUUAGGCUACUCCUCUCGGCGACAUAUUCUGUUCUGUGAUGAAGACAAAUUAGUGACAUUUUAAAAGCGUUUUCGUUGAAUCUGUAUUUCGCAAUGGUUGAGAAACUUGUACCAUACGUCAAAGAUGAGCGCAUAUCUUCGUUAAGGUGCAGUUGCAACAUUAUUUUAGAGUAGAUAAAAGCAAUAGAACGUUACGGCCAGAAUCCUAAAGAGUUCAUUACUAUUGACUAUCUAUAAAAACGAAAAAAUAUCUUGAUAGCUUGAUUUGUGGUAUUUUUCUCGGUCAUAAAAAUAGCGUUUUUUUUUGCCAGUGGUAACAUUGAUGGCUGCAUAAUGACAUGGGAAUGAAUUCCUCGAAUUUAAAUGACAAGUUAUCUAUGGUCCUAAUGGAUUUUCUCUCAACUGGGGAUUUUUUCGUCUUCGUGAUACAGUAUUUGAAAUCAUUCAUUGAGAAUGAGGUUUGAGGGUUAGAUACCUGCCUCUGGGACGACAGAAGGAAAAACAACACUAAACCCAGGCAAGAUUUGUGUUACGCGGAAGACCACCGGGGAAGAGGAUCCUAAGUCUUUGGCAAAGGCAAGUAAUCUGGUGAUGGACUUCAUGGAACUGCACUUGGGAGCGGUUUUGUUGUGUGUCCUAGUGUUGGAUUUCUGUGGUUGGGCUGAGGCUGGAAUCCUGUACCGUGUCCAGGAGGAGCAGCCGCCCAGCACGCUGAUAGGCAGCCUGGCAUCAGACCAGGGCCUGCCAGACUCUGGUCACCUUUACAAGCUAGAGGUGGGCGCUCCAUACCUGCGUGUAGAUGGGAAGACAGGGGACAUCUUUACCACAGAAAUUCCCAUAGACAGGGAGACACUGAGAGCCUGCCGCAGCAUGGUCAGGGGCAAGCCCUGCUUCCUGGAGUUUGAAGUGUCUGUCACAGACCUGAUCCACAACCAGAGCCCCAGGCUCAUCGAGGGUCGCAUCGAGGUCCAGGACAUCAACGACAACACUCCGCAGUUCCCCUCCCCCGUGCUCACCAUCUCUGUCCCAGAAAACACCCACAUGGGGGCGCUGUUCUCCAUCCCCCUGGCCACAGACAGGGACUCGGAGAGGAACAGGGUGGCCGACUACGCCCUAACCGCGGGGCCAGAUGCAGCAACUCUCUUCGGCCUGCAAGUGGCAGAGGACAGGGGAGAGAUGCUGCCCCAACUCAUCGUCCUGGGAAGUCUGGAUCGGGAGCUCAAGGACAGUUACGACCUGAACAUUAAGGCUGUGGACGGAGGUAACCCCCAGCGCUACAGUAGUGCCUUGCUGAGAGUGGUGGUUGCAGACGCAAACGACAAUGUGCCAAAGUUUGACAAGGCCGCGUAUGAGGCUGAGGUGUCAGAAAACAGCCCUGUGGGACACUCUGUGUUGCAGGUGAAAGCCAAUGACUCUGACAUGGGCCCCAAUGGAGAGAUAGAAUAUACGCUACACCAGGCAUUAGAUCCAGUGCCAAAACUCCUGCGCAUUGAUCACUCCACUGGCAUCAUCUAUGUCAAAGGGCCUUUGGAUCGGGAAGAAAUCAGCGAUUUGACAUUUUACGUAGUGGCCAGAGACAAAGGUCCCCAACCCAAAAGUUCCAAGACCUUUGUUACCAUCGAGGUGACUGACCAGAACGACAAUUCCCCUGCUGUGGAGAUCCGUGGGAUUGGCCUGGUGAGCCACAGUGACGGUGUGGCCAACAUAUCAGAGGACAUGCCCGUGGGCACGGCGGUGGCCUUGGUCCAGGUGUCUGACAGGGACGAGGGGGAGAAUGCAGUGGUCACCUGUGUGGUGGCAGGGGACGUGCCUUUCCAGCUGCGCCCAGCCAGUGACUCGUCCACUGACAACAAGAGAAAAUAUUUCCUGCAGACCACCACCCCACUGGACUAUGAGAAGGUAAGGGAAUACCGUGUGGAGAUUGUGGCUGUUGAUUCUGGCAAUCCAGCACUCUCCAGUACUAACUCAUUAAAGGUGCAGGUGACUGAUGUUAAUGACAACUCUCCAGUGUUUUCUCUGACCCUAUUCGAGGUUAAUUUUGCAGAGGAGAACCAGCCAGGGGACAAGGUUGUGGACGUGGUUGCCACAGACCCUGACAGUGGCACUAAUGCAGAGCUUAUCUAUAGCAUCGUAGCAGACACAUCUACUAGAGGCCUGUUUGAGAUUGACCCUGACUCAGGGGAGGUGAGGGCACAAAGCCCUCUGGACAGAGAACAUAGAGCACAUUAUGAGUUCAGGGUCACCGCGGCUGAUAAAGGCUCCCCCAGUCACAGAGGAACAGCCACGGUCGUGGUCAAUGUCCUGGACCGCAAUGACAACGACCCUAAGUUCAUGCUGAGUGGCUACAGUUUCUCUGUUCUGGAGAACAUGCCCCCACUCAGCGCUGUUGGUAUGGUGACGGUGCUGGACAUAGAUCAGGGAGAGAACGCCAGAGUGCAGCUCUCUGUGGAGCCAGACGGAGGAAGGUUUGUGGUUCAGAACGGAACAGGAACCAUCCUAUCCAGCAUCUCCUUUGACCGGGAAAAGGAGAGCAGCUUCAGCUUCCGUCUGAAGGCCGUGGAUGGUGGAGAGCCUCCCAGGUCCUCCUAUGUAGGCGUUACCAUCAAUGUCCUGGAUGAAAACGACAAUGAUCCUGUGGUCACCAAGCCCUCCAACUCAUCCUUCAGACACCUGUCCCCUCUAGAUUCCACAGACAGCCGUGUGGAGCUAGUGGAAGCUGAAGACCUGGACACUGGGCCCAAUGCAGAGCUGUUCUUCAGCAUCACUGGAGGAAACCCUUAUGAACUCUUCAGCAUCUCCUCCACUACUGGGGAGAUCACCCUGGCCAAGGAGCUUACCCAGAAACAUGGUGGGCUCCAUCGCCUGGUGGUUAGGGUGAGUGACAGAGGCAAGCCUGCACGCCACACUACUGCCCUGGUGCACAUCUUCGUCAAUGAGACCAUCUCUAACGUCAGCCUGGUGGAGGCGCUGGUGGGACACAGUCUCUACACGCCUCUGGAGACAGACAUCGCUGGUGACCCUGACUACGGCCUGGCCGCCCAGCGCAGUAACAUCCUGUACGGCAGCCUGGCUGGAGUGGCAGGCGUUGUCAUGGUGAUUGUGGUGGUGGUGUUUAUCCGCCACCGCAUUCAGAGGGAGACGAAGAGUGGCUACCAGGCUGGCAAGAAGGAGACCAAGGACCUUUACACCCCCAAGCAGGGGCCCAAGAACGGCAAAGGCAAGAAGGGCAGGAAAGGAAAGCCCUCCAAGUCCCCUAAGCCCUUGGGAGAGGAGGAAGAGGUCAGCCUCCAGAAGAGUCUCAAGUUCAACCUGGAUGGGGUCAACAACAGCCCCAGGAUCCACCUGCCCCUGACAUAUCCCCCAGGUAGCCCUGACCUGGGCAGACACUACCGGUCCAACUCUCCCCUGCCCUCCAUCCAGCUGCAGGCCCAGUCGCCCUCGGCCUCCCAGAAGCAUCACGUGGUCCAGGACCUCCCUGCCACUAACACCUUCGUAGGGAUUGGAGGAGAUGACAACUCAACAGGUUCAGACCAGUACUCGGAUUAUAGCUACAAGGCCAGCCAGCCAAAGUACAACAGCAAACAGCUCCCCCAUCGCAGAGUGACAUUCUCCACAACCAAUCCGGUGCAGGAUCUGCAGGAUGCAUCUCAGCACAGUUACUAUGACAGCGGCCUGGAGGAGUCAGAGACGACCAGCAGUAAGUCAUCGUCUGGCCCCCGUAUCGGGCCCCUGACCCUGCCUGAGGAUCACUACGAGAGGACCACCCCAGACGGCAGCAUUGGGGAAAUGGAGCACCCUGAAAAUGAUAUGCGUUCCAUUCCUGAUGUGGCCAUGACUGGUAACUGUACUCAGGAGUGCAGUGAGCUGGGUCACUCAGACGCCUGCUGGAUGCCUGGGCAGCCCUCCCCAGUGCGCAAGACCAGGAAUCCUCCCAAACUCUCCACCUUCGUGCCUUACCAGGAGAGAGGGAGCCUGGGUCGCCUGGCCAACGGGAGUGCCAGGCUGGGUGGCGAGGAGCACCGAGCCAGCCUUCCGCCCUCCCGUAGUGCCUAUUCCAACAGCGGCCAUGCCCCUAGGCAGGACUGCCCCAAGGAGGAGGUGCCCCUGAGCGUGGCCUCUGAGUUCCUGCCCACCUCCCCUCCUAGCCACACCCCCAAACAAGAGAUCUACCUGUGAGAAAGCCUCACCUCCCACAUCUGAUUGGUGCACAGAUAGAGGAGGAGCCACAGAGACACACCCACUUUAGAAAAAGAAACAUGCUCUUAGGAUCUGAAAUGUCCAUUUAUUGAAAUAAAUACCCAUUCUGUAGGAAAUAUGGGAUGUGAUUUGUGGAAUCAUUGGUAUGUGCAAUAGGAGUUUUUCAUUUUAUUUAUUUACAUAUUUAUUGGUUUAUUAAUGUAUUAAUUAGUUAAUGGAUUUAUUUAUCGAUGCAGUUUCUUUGAAAACACUUGUGGUAUUAUCACACUAAAUCAACAUGCAAUCAAUCCCUAAAACACUAGUGAUUUUCUUAGCUAAGCCCUAACCUGUUGUGAUAUGUUCUCUGGAACAUCCAAUGUGAGAUUAGUGCCAUAACCAGAUAACAUUCAUCUGACAGGCAAUGAAGCCCUAAGGGUAGACUUAACAUUUUGAUUAACAAUCAAAUGGAAUGGUCUUUCUUAAUGUACAGUGCUGUAAAUACAUGUGAAUGGUGUACACUGUAUCUUGUAUAUAUUUCUGUCUGGCUCAAGCUGAUAACAAUAGCCUCAGAAUUUUUGCAUUUGAGCUUUUCUUUGCUGCUGCUGUUUAACACUUGAUUGAAAUGUUUUCCAAAAACUUGGACGGAGAGUGUGGAAAGGCACUUGAAUGAAUUAAUCAACUACUCACAAUCUCUCACACACACACACACACACACACACACACACACACACACACACACACACACACACACACACACACACACACACACACACACACACACACAUCUGUGACGCCCAAUCAUGAUAGAACCAUAGCAUUUUACCUCAUGAUCCCUGGAUAGCUAUUAAGCCAGUGAGAAGAGCUGUGUGGCAGCAUUUAAUGUGAAUGUGUGUUUCUCUGAGCCUCAGCACUGUGUCCCGUCUCUUUUCCUGGAAACAGUACACUUAGAGGUCAUCACUCCUGGUCACACUGAUCUUUCCCAAACCUCUAGCACACAUUCUGAUAGUGUUUGCCCCUCUCAGAGUAGAGCCUCUGGUUCCCCACCUACACUGUAGAUGAGAAUAUAUAUACUCUCUGUUCUGUGUGAAAAGCUCUCUUCAUUGCCUCCCUAUGCCUGAAUAACACUGAGCUAAUCAGUUGCUCUCCACAUAGAGGUCACCAUUACAUUCAACCCUGUGUCUCUAGCCUCGUUAGGUUUUCUCCUCACGAUCCACGUGAAUUUCAAUAGUUCUGAUGAAUGCAUAAGGAGUUAUUCACACGAGUUUCAGGGCAGCACUUUUCAGUCCUGAGAGCCACUAAGGUGACUGAGAGUGCUGUGACUGAAUUCCCCUGUUUCACAGAAACUAAGCUUUUUACAUUCACAGGCUGACACCUGAGAGGUUUCCUUCUGUUGUUCUCACGUCUUUAAAGGAAGGCUACAGUAAUCAUCUGGGACAAAUUUUUAUUUUACCUUUAUUUAACUAGGCAAGUCAGUUAAGAACAAAUUCUUAUUUACGGUGAUAGCCUACCCAGGUGACGCUGGGCCAAUUGUGCACCGCCCUAUGGGACUCCCAAUCAUGGCCAGAUAUGAUACAGCCUGGAUUUGAACCAGGGACUGUCGUGAUGCCUCUUGCACUGACAUGCAGUGCCUUAGACCGCUGCACCACUCGGGAGACCUUUUGUUUUGGCGAAGAAGAAAAGUGGUCACUCAGGUCACCAUUUUGUUUAAAAAUAAUUUACCUGUCGCAUCCAUUGGUGCAUGUUAUAAACAAUGAUGAAAUGUUGCCAUUUCAAAUAAAGUUAAAUAUUGGUUGCAGGAGUCAUAUAUUUUCAGUCCAGUUGACAUUCAUAGAGUCCAGGUUAUGUUACGUUGUUAAGCUGUUAGCUGUUGUUCCUCAUUUUUCAUUUGACAAUUAGAUAGAGGACAUUCCUGUAGGCUACAGCAGCUGCCUUUGACAAAUACUUAUUUUCAAAGUCAUUUAAAAGCAGACAUCUGGAGGACACAGGAACAGUAGUAUGUAAUUGGAUGAUGAUAACGCCACCAGCCCGCCUCACAGCACAGUAGCAUUACUCAUAGCUUUUGAUUUGUACACUGAUUCGAUUCGAUUUGUAUCUUAGCCCCUGUUUUGACCACCGUGUAUUUCUAUGGAGAGAGAGACAGUGGGUCUGGUCUGAGCAAGGGGUGGAAGGGCCUGGAAGGGAAUGGAUGCUGGGCUCCCAUAAUUACUUUGUGUAAUGAGUCCAUAGCCAGGGCAUAUGUGAGCACACAGCCUGAAGACAACACAACAACCACAUAUUCCAAAUCCAUCUGCAAAACUACAAUAAUUUAAAAAGCGGUAUUUUUAUCUGGACUUACCUCAUCGCACCGCCGUUGGCAGCACAUGUAGAAUAAUUCAACUCAAAACAUAUGGAAAUUACUGGACAUGGCCAUGAAUAAAUAAGGCAGGUGAUUAUCCUAGCCUUGAGGGGAAAAAAGCACAUUAUGCUGUUUUCAAAGCCUUUUAGCCACUGAAAUAAAAUCCAGCAAGAGUCAUAAUACACGAUGAUGAAGCCUUUUGGUCCCCGUCGCAGCCCCCCCACCCAACCCCCUCUCAAAGCAGCUUCACUGAGCUAGAGCAGCGGGUGAGUUCACUGACCUGGAAUUAUUAAUAUGUGUGAAAGAUUGCGAUGAGUGAUAAAGACAACGUCAUACAGCCUCAACACUGGCUUUGUCUCCUAUGCUCUGUCUGACUCCUUUCAGAUUCGCUGAUUCGUCUGACUCCAGCCUGAAUCUGGCAUAAAUCAACAGGUUUAUCUCUUUACUAAUCACUUGGUCUGGCUGAAUAACUUGGUGUUGCUUCUCUCUGGCAUGUCUGAAUCACUGAUUUUGACUGAAGCACUCAUUCAAAUCAAACCACUGGGUUUCAGUGCUUACCAACACCAUAUUUGCAUACACUUUCUUUUUUCAGCCAGAAUAACUGUGUUAUACCUUUUUCUCUCCAGCCUAUAUCAAUUAGUAUGUUUGAAUAUUCUGAAUCACAUGGUUUUACCUGUCUUUUGAACUCAUGCUUAAUUUAUUAUUUGUGUUGACUGCUCUCUAGAAAGCAGGAUGGUUGUCCCGUCCUGGAUCAAAGCAUUAAUAGCAUGAAAACCCUUGAUACACUCCACAGUAUGUCCAAUCACGUGUAGUUUGUAUUUUUUAUGUUUUAUAUAAUGUCACGUUCACCUGAGUAUCCUCUGCCUCUCUGUAGUGAUCUUGUAAGGUGAUUGUGGCUGUGGACUGAUGGACAUGAUGAGAUACUGGAGAAUAGGCAAAGGAGUUUUCUCUAAGACUAACGGCAGGAUUCAAUACAUAUCGCCGAAGUAUCGCGGAAGAUCCCCGUUAAAAUGUAAAGGUAAUGCCGACAUAUGCAGCGUUUACCGUGAAUGCAGUCUCUGGAACAUUGCCUUUAAUUGUCAAUCGUGCUAUAAAGUGGGUCUUCAGCGCUAUGGAUUGAAUAGAGCCUUAAGCCUCCUUACAUAGAAAAUCAAAGUGAGCUAUGACAAAUCUCUCUUGAAAGUGUACUGUACAUAGAUCUACACAUCCCCAUGUGUGCUGUCAAGCAGGCUAUGAGUUUAGCAUGAAUUCCAAAGAUAAUUAGUAGUGUUUUUGAUGAGAUUUUAGUGCUGGUUUUGGUUCAAGAACCCUCUCCCCAAGGAGCUGACAUUCACUGCACAUUUCAUCACCAUCAGAGACAGUUCUUCACAGUAAAAUAAAGACAAGCUGCCUUGAAAGUGUGUCGUUGCAAGAGAGUACCAAGUUGUUAUCCUAAUUGUUGGUUAUAUUUAUAUAGAACAAAAUGCUUGUGAUGCCAUGUUUUGGUACAGUUUUAUGUACAUGCAAGUGAAGCUUUUUAAAACGUAUUACAAAAGCCGAUGGCAUAUAAAAAUUGUAAUGUGUUUCUUGAGAUGUGCACAUUUUGCCUUGGUUGGAUUGAUCUUUGCUGAGUCGGUGUGAAUGUGGCCGUUCUAUGCCUGCACCGUAGUACUUCACUGGCUCCCUGCUCCCAAGGAUUUUAUCAGACUUUAUGUUGAUCGUGAACAGUGGAUUGUCGGAUCCUACCUAUUUGUUCAAUUCCAAUGUGUUCCAUUUCGUUCUGUUUUUGGCAUGUUGAGAAAAUUCCCUUGUAGUAAGUCCUCAAGAACUUUUUAAUAAAAUGAGUCCAGGAAAAACAA